UAGAGAUACAAGUCAGAAACAUUGUUUCAAGCAACAGAGCAGUAAGGAAAUUACGUGGCACUCGACGGUCACGUGACACGGAAGCAUCUACCUUGAAACUCUACUGCUAAACCUUCUAGGCAUGUCUUAGAAAUGCAUUUUCAGAGAAAGCCUUCAAACAUGACAUCCUCGUCUCUCCUGCGCUUUUUCUUCGGAGCGGCCCCCCUGUUGCUCGUUAUCUUCGGUUCGGCUUGGGGAUCCAACACAACCACUCCGCUUGUUAUGUGGCACGGAAUGGGGGACAGCUGCUGUAACCCAUUGAGCAUGGGUGGCAUAAAGAAAAUGGUUGAAGAGGAGGUGCCUGGAAUCUACGUUCUGUCGCUGAAGAUAGGCGAAACCAUUAUUCAGGACACUGAGAACAGCUUCUUCAUGGACGUCAAUGCUCAGGUGGCGUUUGUGUGUAACCAGCUGUCCCAGGACCCCAAACUGAAGGGGGGUUACAAUGCCAUGGGGUUCUCCCAGGGAGGCCAGUUCCUGAGAGCAGUAGCUCAACGCUGUCCAUCUCCCCCCAUGAAAACUUUGAUCUCAGUUGGGGGGCAGCACCAAGGAGUAUACGGUCUUCCCCGCUGCCCAGGAGAGAGCUCGCACAUCUGUGACUGGAUCCGGAAGGAGCUCAACUCUGGGGCCUACACUGACUUUGUGCAGAAACAUCUUGUGCAGGCGCAGUACUGGCAUGACCCCCUCAAUGACGACCUGUACAGAACACACAGCCUCUUCCUCGCUGACAUCAACCAAGAACGGGGAGUGAAUGAGACUUAUAAGAAGAACCUACAGUCUUUGGAGAACUUUGUGAUGGUGAAGUUCCUGCAGGACCAAAUAGUUGACCCAGUAGACUCAGAGUGGUUUGGUUUUCUGAAGUCAGGUCAAGCAAAAGAAACUGAGACUCUUCAGGAAAGCACUUUGUAUAAAGAGGACCGCCUAGGCCUUGCAGAGAUGGACAAGGCAGGGAAGCUGGUGUUCCUGGCUUCAGAUGGAGAUCACCUGCAGUUCACCAGGGAGUGGUUCAAUGCCAAGCUGGUGCCGUACCUUCGCUGAAUGUACACAGGGUUGUAUUUGGUAGUGGGACAAACUUGGGCACAAACUCAGUGUAAUAUUCGGCAUGUUAUGCUUGGACAUGCCAGCAGUCCUUAACAUACUGGUAACAUACUUAAACAUGCUUAUAGCUCACACAUGUUUGCACUGCACUCCUGUUUCUUUAACUGCUGUAAUCAAUUUAACGCAACUAAAUUGGUCUGCUUGUGAAGAUGGAUGCUCAUCUACCUUACUGUGUUGCUCUAAAAAAAAAAAACUAAAAAUUGAAAAUUUCUUGGUUUAACUGUCUCUACAGAAAUGAAAAUGAGUAAAUAUAUGAAAGAUUUCAAAUGAUUUUAGAUUUUAGUGUUUUAUAAAAAAAUGAAUAGGUAAACUUUGGAAAUAAAAGUUGAAUGGUCCAUUA